UAUUCUAAAUGGAAUUUUGCUCCGCUCUUCCUUUGGAAUGCUUCGGAACCGGAAGUGUUGGUGACGUCACGGCCGCUCUCAUCAUAUUCCCAGCGCAGGACGAUAACCGACUGACUGAAGAGAUUGAAAACUUUGACAAACUCUCCCGAAAAGCCGCUUUAAAGUUCAGUAAAGUUUCCCUCCGUGAUGCGAGGGCGUGUUUGAAGCGGACUGGCCGUGUGGCAAAUGUGGACCGGCUGUUAGCGGUGGAUGGAGUCGGGGUUCGGUGUCCAGCGGAGGGCCGGUGGUGGCUCGCCCGCUGUAGGAGCGUCGCAGCGCCGCAGGAAGAUGCCGCCGAGAGCCGCUGAUUAUAAACUCCAGGUGAUCAUCAUCGGCUCCCGUGGAGUUGGAAAAACCAGCCUUAUGGAGAGAUUCACGGAUGAUACAUUCUGCGAGGCGUGCAAAUCCACUGUGGGUGUGGAUUUUAAAAUCAAAACGGUGGAGUUGAGAGGAAAGAAGAUCAGGUUACAGAUCUGGGACACAGCAGGACAAGAGAGGUUUAACAGCAUCACUUCAGCGUAUUACCGUGGCGCGAAAGGCAUCGUACUGGUCUACGACAUCACCAAGCAGGAAACCUUUGAAGACCUGCCUAAAUGGAUGAAGAUGAUAGACAAGUAUGCGUCAGAGGAUGCUGAGCUCCUAUUGGUUGGGAACAAACUGGACUGUGAGUCUGAUCGUGCCAUCUCACGACAACAAGCAGAGAGGUUUGCUUCACGGAUAUCAGGGAUGCGUUUCUGUGAGGCCAGUGCCAAGGAUAACUUUAAUGUGGAUGAGAUAUUCCUUAAACUAGUUGAUGACAUUUUGAGUAAGAUGCCUCUUGAAGUCCCCAGUAAGGAGCUGUCCAACAGUGUCCUGUCCCUUCAGCCCGAACCCGAAAUCCCACCAGAGUUGCCUCCACCCCGCAUGCGCUGCUGUUGAGACUCGGUUCACGCUUUUUUUAGAAACCCAACACCACCUUCCCUCUGAGAACCCAAUACAUGCUGUUAAAGACUCCUGCCACCAGGGGGCGAAAUGCCCAUCUCAUGAGAGUCCAGCCCAUACGGAUGAUGAGAUGAUGGCCUGUCAUUACCAAAAAAAGAUGAAAGACAAACGCUCUUUACCACAUAAUCAAAGAUCCCUCACAAACCAUAGACUCUGCAAUUUAACAUCCUCUGUAUUUUGGUACCUCCAGUUGCCAGUAGAGAACAUCCAUAUCAUCACACACACAUAGAUGCAUUCAUUUUUCAGCCCAUACAUACACUACCUCAUUUCUGGAAAUCAAAGGAUAGUGUUUGUCUGACGUGUGCCUUCCUGAUCGGAAAACCGCUGCACACGCAUCACAGACAUACAUGAAAUGUCAUAACCAAUCAACUUCUAUUUAUAUGUAGUUUACAUAUACUCUCAGUAGAAACAAGAAACUACUAUUUCUAUUGGACGACGGAUACUCUAACCUUGUCUUUCACAUCACGUUUCAAAAAAUGCAUUCAGCUGAUUUCUUAAGGAAAACUUUACAAGUCCCAAAUUGGUUUGGCAUUAAAAGCGAACUGGAUGUACA